AUGUACUUACCUUUAUUAGAAGAUGUAAAUAAAAUAAAAACAUAUAGUUGGGGGUCCGCAACACUAGCGCACCUAUAUCGGUUUUUAUGUAACAACUCAAUAGCAAAUUCGGGAAACUGGACCGGAUGUGGUGUUCUUCUUCAAGCAUGGGGUUGGUCAAGAAUGACCAAUCUAGCACCUAUCCAACAAAAUAAUGUUGAAUUUCCAUUCGCUAAAAGGUGGUCUUCGCUUGGAAUGAAUUAUGACAACUGUCCACACUACAGUAUCACGCAGUACAUAAAUCUUAUUGAUCACUUGGGUCAAGAUGAUUUCAUUUGGCGGUCGUAUCUUGGUCUAGAAGCCUUUCAUGAAGUUGAACGACAAGACUCUGCGGUGUGGAGUGCAAAGGUGCCGAUUAUCAACUUCACCACCGUGGAAAUGCACAACACUGAUCGUGUGAAACUUCAAUUUGGAAUGCUUCAAGAUAUUCCAUGUCCACCAAAGUGCAUCCCCGACAAAUAUCACACCGGUAAAGUCUCCGACCAAUGGGAGUAUAAUCCGUGGACCAAGUAUGCAAAACACGAGUGUCGUGAAUGGAGGCAUCGCAACAACUAUGUUUUGUCUGACACUGUGUUUCCAUACGAGAUGAAACAAUCAAUACAAUACAUGACUUGGUAUAGGUCUGUAUCAAUUGGUUUCAUUUCACAUCCAAGGUAUCUAAUUGACCCACGCCAACAAGAUUCAUCAUCAAGGCCCCAACAACCAACCCAGCCCUAUUUCCAACCGCCAACCCAACCUCAUUGCCAACCAUCAUCCCAAUACCAUUUCCAACCGCCAACCCAACCCCAUUUCCAACCAUCAACCCAACCCCAUUUUCAACCGCCAACCCAACCCUAUUUUCAACCGCCAACCCAACCCUAUUUUCAACCCCCACUCACACAAUCACAACAAUAUGAACAUACCCCUAACGAAUUAACUCCAAUCACACAAACUCAUUCACAAUCCACACAAUACCACACAUACUACAUGGAUACUACAAACCAAAUAAAUACCCCGUUUCAAACACCCAAUCAACCAAUACCCACCCAAUCAUUUACACCCAUCCCACCAUACGAUCAGGCAGGCUAUCGUCAUUGCCUCGUCUAG